CGGGAGGUAGGUAUAAGCUGCCUGUCAGCCCGCGCAGCUGUAUUUGUGUUAGUGCCAGUGAUUGGAGUAGACAUGCGUACGCUACUUUGGCUGUCAGUUUUGGUGGCAGCUGCCAGCAGCCGCACAGUGCGAGUGCGCCCGGUCUCCGCCCCCCUGGACCAAGAUACCAGGCAGGCAGAGUUCUACGCCGAGCAGCCCGAGGAUGACGACGGCCCUAUCCUGGUCUCCCGGCAAGACACGUACGGUCGGGCGAUCAGUGGACAACCCAGGGUCAAUCCCCGAUUCAAGCCUGAUAGUCCCAAACAACCUCCUGUGCAGACCAUCAGAAACUACAACAAACUGAAUGACGACGGUUCAUUCACCUUCGGAUAUGAGGCGGCCGACGGAAGCUUCAAGGAAGAGACUAGAGGGACAGACUGCGUCGUCAGGGGAAAGUACGGGUACAUCGACCCCGACGGUAACAAAAGAGAGUUCACCUACGUUUCCGGAAACCCGUGCGACCCGAACGCUGUACAGGAGGAGGAAGAACAACAACAACUUCCGGACAGCGGAGAAGAGAAUAUUCCUGCAAAUGCUAAUUACCCCCUGAGACGACCUGUAGCGAGACCUAGGCCUCAGUCACAAGCACCUACGACGUUCUUCCACCAAAACUAUAACACUGUUUCAUCACAAGAAGAAGAGGAGGAGGAAGAGAAUAUUCCGGUCAGAGCACCUGUGAGGAAUCCCGCCAGAGCCCGCCCUGUAGCUCCUACAUACAGACCGUCCUUCUCGCAGAGCACCGCAGCACCACAGCCUGCGUUCCGCCCCUCGCCGUCACCCAAGGCAGCAUUCAUCUCUCAGCCACCUCCUAGACAACCUCAGGCGGUCAGGAUCACCCCAAGACCCGCAACCGUGGAACCGGCGACCACUUAUCGUCCUCGGCUGCUGGAAGUGACCGCCACUCCCACACCCACUACUUACACCAAGCAGAUCCGCCCCACAUCCUUGUCUACACCUGCUGCACCCGUUGACUUUGAUGAAGAGUUCAAGAAAUUCCAGUUGGAAAACAAUGUGGUGUCGACAACAUCAAAGCCUUCCAAGGCCGUGACGAGUGACCCUAUCUAUUCCACUGAGCUCGUUUUCGACCCUUCUAGUGGCCAGUAUAACACCGUCCUCUACCAGGCGCUUCCUCAGACUGUGGGAGGAGAACUCAACCUGAGAGGUAGACUACAGCCUUACGUGGACAACCCAUUCUCCGCCAACCCCUUCCUGGGAUCUCAAGGUCCUCUGCAAUAUCAGCAGCAACUGUUCCAACAGAACCAGGCCCAACUGCUGCAACAGUCCCAACAGUUGUUCGCACAACAGCAGAAGAAGCAGAAGCCUGUAGCGAGUUCGGUGAGGUUGGAGAACCCCAGGCAACUCUCUCAGUCUCAGGGCUUCCCCUCCAGUCUACUGCAGCAGGAACCACAAACGUUUCAACCUCAGUCGUCCAGGUCGGCGGCACCGGCGAGGGCGCAACCCACGCGCUUCUCCUACCAGCCCCAGGGCGUCCAGUCUUACUACUACGUAAACCCUCAGGUGCAAGCGGGCAGCAAUAACUUGGCAGCCGGACAGAUAGACGCCUUCCUCAGAGGGCACAGCCUCACGGUCUAGCCAGUCGACGACGACACCUCUGUUGCCAAAGCCGAACUCACGAGUGUCCGCAACACGCGUGGGAGCCUGGAGUGAAAGUGCGGUGCCAGUGAGUGAAACAAGUGAAGCGUGCGGAGAACUCCCAUGACUCGCACCAGACACAAACGUCAUUGUUAGUUAUUACAAUGUUUCCAAGACUUUGUAUAUAUUACUGAGCGAAAGUGUAAAAUUAUUGCGAUACCUGAGUUCUUUUUUAGAUCAGAUUCCUUCAGAUAGUCACUUCCUCUUCGUAUCUUCAUUCACAUCUAAACUCGACCUUAGUGAUUAGAUCAUGAUUGUUUAUUUAAUUGUAAAAUAAUUACGUGAAUUAUAUAACUGUUGAUAUU